AGGAAAGACCAGGGACACCAGCUGAACCGCAUCCGCAAAGUCAAGAAUGAAGCUCUCCCUCGCAACCAUCCUCAUGACUGUCGCACUUUUGUCCGAGUGCCACUUCAGAUCCGCGGCGAUCCCCAUGACCAAAGCUGAUGAGAUGGAAACAGACCAGCAAGGCUUAAGCGAGAGCUUCGAGGAGAACGAUCUAAGGUCCGGACCGGGCGGCUCCAAGAUCAUCGUGGUGGCCGACUCCAAUCUGCUGAGGAUGCUCAAGUCACUGGACAGAGGAGCGCCUCAUCUCAGCCUCCUUGAGAACAUGCUCAGCACAGAGCGCAGAGAUAUUAGUUCGGACCCGAGCCCAGGCAUCGCCAUCAUCAGAAGGGACACCAUGAGGUGCAUGGUGGGCCGAGUGUAUCGACCAUGCUGGGAGGUCUGAGUUUUCUGGGAUGCUGAGGAGAAGAAAGAGAGCUGCUGAUAUCAACAUAUUUGCCCUGCCCUGAUCUAUUGUUGCUUGGACAGAAUACAAAUGUUAAUGCCAUCUAUUUGAACUGUAUGUCUUGUGAAUAAAUGCUGAAAAUAUU